AUGACUGACCUACCAGUGACACCCGAGAAUUAUACGCGAGCAGUUAUCUCGCUCUCAAGAAGAUACUCGAGCACCUCCGUCUUCCCGGGAAACAAUUAUGUCGACUUGGGAGAAUGGAUGCGCCAGGAGCGUAAUCUUCUCAACUCGGGAAAAUCAGACGAAGAUGGCACGCUCUUUGCCACCAGAUCUGAACCGCCCCACGACUUGGUCGUGGUAUACAACAGCGGCGAGAGAAAAUGGGAUGUGCAACAAUACCAGCAGCAACAGCACGAGGCGUUUUCAGCUACCCCUGUCCCAGCACGAGGCCUUGGACAAAUAGUCUUCCUUCGAGGGUUUCUAUCACCGUCAUGGGUUUCAGCCCUCGGAAGCAAAUACAACAUCGAUCCGGAAUUCUUCAGGAGACACAUGGACUUUCUUUCGCCCAGCAUUGACAGACAUUCGUAUGGCUUGCCAUCACUUACCAGUUCGUCGAACAAUAUAUUUCGAAUCUGUAUCAACACGAUUUUGCAUCGUGAUGAUUUUGGCGGACAGGAUCUCCAGUCACAACGCUUACGCCAGUCAAAUGAAAUUGCAACGUAUAAGAUUCAACAGCUCGGCUCGACCAGAAUCUGUUGCGGAGACUCGCUCGUGCGCGAGUACUCCACUGUUUGUUCAUGCUUCUCAGUGGUCGAACAAUGGAUAUCGCUCUGUGUCGCGAAAACAGGCAAAGGCUGGACCGUUAUUGCUUGGAUGGACCAUGGCAGGCCGCUGGAACGAUCCCCGCCAGGACCAUGGACAAGCCACAUUGAAAGCAAGGCUACGCCACUACCCGUCCUCCAACAUCAUCCUAAGAUGGCAUUUCGAACUACUACGAACCGUGUCGAAUCGGCGGCAAAUACUGAAGCAGAAGUUCAGCAAAGUACCACUAUUCUCCCGCUGCAGUACGACUCCUUGAUCGCACUGGUCGACCUAGCCCGUCGCGCCCCUCGAGAUCCACUAUCCAUGUGCAUCCCGCUAUUUGCGCACGCAGCAUUUUCUGAAGUCCAAUUUCUGAACCUGAUAGAGUCCAGAAUCAACAUUCAAAUCAAUACCAUCACUCAAGGUCUUCCGGCCGACGCCUUGGGAACCCUUCAAUACUUCUACAACAUUCUCAACCGACAUGCCCAACAACUGAAAGAUAGCACCCGUGCGAUCCACGUGUUGACCGAGCGAAGAAACCAAGGCAUAGAUGAGGUCAAAACAGACCACCACAUUCCGAAGGGUGCCGUACCGCUGGGCCCCGGCAGGAGCCGACGGCAGCACACCUCAGAGACCGAGAGAUCUGAUAAUUCCGACGGGCCCUUCACACCAAAAGGUUUGUUGGAAGACUACGAACAACUUCAAGUUCGCUGCAUCGAGCUAUCGAAAAUGUGCACUUGGGGAAUCACCCUGGCUAUGAAUAAAGCGACUAUUGAGGAAUCUCGAAAGGCGAUUGAGCAGUCUGAACGACUGAAGAAGCUUACCCUGCUUGCGACGCUCUUUAUUCCACUUACAUUUAGCUCUAGCUUAUUGGGGAUGAACAUUGAUUUACUGGGCCAGAAUACGGUGAAAUAUUGGUGGUUUUUUGUGCUGUGUAUUCCGACGACGUUGGCGGCGUGUAUGUUUUAUCUUUGGGAUACGCAGGUUCUGAGACGAUGCUGGAUAUGUUUCUGGAAAUGGUGUGGCGCUAUUAAGAAUGGUCUGAUGCCUGGGAGCAGCGAGAAGGACCCGAGUCAUCUUGUUUGA